CGAAAUAGUUGGGCAGAGCUGACAUGGCAGCAUUCUCAUGAAAUUUGAUCAAUGGCUUGGGGAUAGGCUACAGUUCUUUAACAAAUCCUCUGUCGCGUACGCGUCACCACGCACCAAAUCAAAUGCGUCUCCUUUUAAAUGCAGAGCCACCCAUCCCAUCCGAUUUAGUUAUCCUUUCUCUAGCUCUGGUAGUCAUGGCAACUGUGCAGCAUGUGUUCAUGAAAACAAGUGGCCAGUCAUUCUUCAAAAUGCGGAGUCUAACUACACAGUGAACUGGGACGCCAUCUUACAUUGAUCAAACGUCAACCGCUGGUUAUCAUGAGCGGAAUUAAGCCACCAACCGAUGCGUCCGUUGCAGAAACAGGUCAAAAUACAGUAACUUCUUGGGAGCUCAAGCCGACUGGAGGGGUGCUGAAGAGACUACGGUCCAGGCGCAGCCAGGUGGAUAUUAGGCCGGUCACUGAAGAUGAGCUCCGCGAGCAGGGUCGGAAUAUCACCUCUGAGGACGUGCUUGGUCUUCGCGCGGCUACACGAGAUUAUCUGUGUAAAACAGAGGACAACAUCUACAACAUAGAUUUCACCCGCUUCAAGAUAAGGGACUUGGACACAGGCACUGUGCUGUUUGAGAUUGCUAAACCACCCCAUACUGUGGAGGAUGAGGAAAACAGGGAGGCAGAUUCCAGCACUGGGCGGUUUGUACGGUACCAGUUCACCACCGCCUUCCUAAAGUUGAAAACAGUGGGAGCCACAGUGGAGUUCACAGUGGGCCCGCGUCCCCUAAACAGCUUCCGCAUGAUCGAGAGGCACUACUUCAAGGAGCACCUCCUCAAGAGCUUCGACUUUGACUUCGGCUUCUGCAUCCCCAACAGCCGCAACACGUGCGAGCACAUCUACGAGUUCCCGCAGCUGUCGGACAGCAUGAUUCGCCAGAUGGUGGAUCAUCCAUAUGAGACACGUUCUGACAGCUUCUAUUUCGUGGACAACAGACUGGUCAUGCACAACAAGGCUGACUAUGCUUACAAUGGAGGCCAGUGAGGUCCAUGUGUGCGGUGGCAUGUUAUCUGCCUUGUGACUCCACACAGCUGAAUUAUCUAUACAGCAAAGAUGUUUUUGAAGGGAUCACAUGGGCCUCCAUACUCUACACAGCGUGGCAGACAACUGAGUUGAGGGAGGAAAGCCUGUCCCUCUGCCAUAUUGUGAUCGCUCCUUCUCCUCUUCUUCAAUACUUAAAUGUGAGUCAUCUUCACAUUUUUUUUAAAAUAAAUGUCACUUUAGUUACAUGGUUUUUCCUAGCUGUCCAAAGCAUGCAUAUGAAGUGUGUGUGUGUGUGUGCGUGUGCGUGCGCGCGUGCGCGUGCGUGUGCGUGUGUGUGUGUGUUUUCUGUGUGUGUGUGUAAGAGAGAGUGGUUAAUCACUCUUUUCUAUGAAAAGGACGCUGAUAGCCAAUGUGAGAAGGUGUAAGAGGCCUCUUCUCUGACGGUACAUCUCCCUCACCUGCCAUGGUUUGUUUUGUGAAUGAGUUUGGAUAUUUCCGUGCCGUGACUGCAGGGCGGUAUUUGAUAUUACUAUUAGUGGUCCUGCAGCUCACUUGCACACACAGCCUCU